GGUUGUGGAGGGUUAUGGACGGUGUCUAUACGUGGAGAACUUCACUAUGCCUUUCAUUAAGUGCUCAAAGAGGAUAUUGUGAUUGCUGUUUGUGUUUUAGGCUGUUUUACAUGUGAUGCAGCCCGAUUGUGCGUUCAGAUAUUUAAUCGGACGAGCGGAAGAGUCAUGGACGGAGCUUGGGCUGUUAUUCUCAUUUCUCUCGCUAUGUUCGUGGGAUGUUUUGUGCUAGGGAUAAUUCCACUACUGAUCAAUUUAUCAGAGGAGAAACUUCAGUUGAUUAGUGUCCUGGGGGCGGGGCUUCUAUGUGGCACUGCUCUGUCAAUCAUUAUCCCGGAGGGGGUGGAGUUGGUGCAGGAGUCAUGGAAAGACUGGUACUGCACCACUGUGGGAAGGACUCCAAAUAUCUCUGAAUCAAACUCAUCGCUUCAUGUUGUGGCAGAGAAAGGUCUGCGUCCGCACUCCAUCAUCGGAGCCUCUCUGGUCUUGGGCUUUACACUUAUGUUUGUGGUGGACCAGAUUGCCAACUACUGCUCCAUGCAUGAUCCCAGAGCAGGAAUGUACCGUGGAAACAGUUUGACUGCCACCCUGGGUCUGCUUAUUCACGCCGCAGCUGAUGGGGUUGCUCUGGGUGCAGCUGCGGCCUCAUCACAGGUGUCUGUGCAGAUCGUCGUGUUUUUUGCUGUCAUUUUGCAUAAGGCUCCUGCUGCGUUUGGACUCGUGUCGUUCCUUUUGCACGCAGGUCUGGAGAAGAAAACUAUUCAGAAGCAUUUACUGGCAUUUUCUGCUGCGGCGCCACUGAUGGCAAUCAGCACAUACUUCAUCUUGAGUGCGUCUAAUGGCUCCUCACAGAGCCGUCUGAGCGCUACAGGCAUCGGCAUGCUGUUUUCCGCCGGGACGUUCUUAUAUGUGGCCACAGUUCAUGUUCUGCCAGAGAUCAACAGCAGAGGGCACCAGCGCUCCACUCACCUCCAUCAUCACGCAGUCAGUGGAUCUGGCAACCCGCAGCAGGCCGGACUGGGCAUCACAGAGAGCCUCACGCUCAUACUGGGUGCUGGACUUCCAGUGCUGCUCGCCCUCAAACUGCCUGACAACUAAUCUGCUAAAACAAAAACAGCCAAACAUCAUUUUUACAUUAUUUCAUAUUUUUAUGAAGACUUGAGAAUGGAGUUUUAAGUUUUGUUAGUAUUAUGAAAGCACUUUUUUUUAUUGCUGGGCAAAGAUUAUUCAUGAAUCACAUCCAAAAAUACAAGUUUGCAUUGAUAUACU